GCCCCGCCCCUGAACUGGAAAUUGAAAAAGAACGUCAUCUGCUUCAUACAUUUAGCAUUAGCCCAAAUUAGCUCAGCGUCUCCAACCGAGUUGUUUUCCUCUUCAAGCGACUCCCGGCGUUGGCGGCUUAUCGAUGUGGUGCUGCCGGGGCGGACAGAGCGAGCCAUGUUGGUAAAAGCUUUACCCCGGUGCAGAGACAUGCUGAAGGGAGAACCGACCGAGUGAAAUGCUGGCUAGCGUGAAUCAAAGCUAGCUGACGAGCAGGGGCCGAGAAGCGAAAGUGGCUAACAUAGACGAGAGCUAAGCCCAUCACAACAAGCCCGGGCACUUAAACACACCCGAGCCCUAAGCCCCGAGGAGAAGGACCGGCGGAGGAACUCCAUUUUAUACAAAGUAGCAGUGGGUCUCUCAAGGUCAGAGCCAUGGGUGCGUUCCUGGACAAACCCAAGACAGAGAAGCACAACUUGCAUGGUGAGGGCAACAACCUACGCUAUGGCCUGAGCUCCAUGCAGGGCUGGCGGGUGGAGAUGGAAGACGCUCAUACUGCUGUGUUGGGACUUCCUACUCCGGGUAUGAGUGACUGGUCGUUUUUUGCCGUGUAUGAUGGUCACGCUGGCUCGAGGGUUGCCAAUUAUUGCUCCAAGCAUCUCCUGGAACACAUUAUCAGUUCCAGCUUAGGGGCCAGGGGUACACAAGGCUCCCAGGCUGGUUCAGACAGUUCCACCGGUGACCCUCCAGCACCAGUUCCUCCUACAGUGGAGGCUGUAAAAGCAGGGAUCCGGACAGGGUUUCUGAGGAUUGAUGAGCACAUGCGCAGCUUCUCGGACCUUCGCAAUGGCAUGGACCGUAGUGGCUCAACAGCAGUGGGAAUCCUCCUGUCACCUGAUCACUUUUUCUUCAUUAACUGUGGUGAUUCUCGAGCUGUUCUCUACCGCAAUUCACAGGUGUGCUUCUCCACACUUGACCACAAGCCUUGCAACCCACGCGAGAGAGAGCGCAUCCAGAAUGCUGGCGGCUCCGUGAUGAUUCAGAGGGUUAAUGGGUCACUGGCUGUCUCGAGAGCCUUGGGGGACUACGAUUACAAGUGUGUGGAUGGGAAGGGCCCCACAGAGCAGCUGGUCAGCCCAGAACCAGAAGUGUAUGAGAUGAUUCGGGCCUCAGAACAGGAUCAGUUUGUGGUCCUGGCGUGCGAUGGCAUCUGGGAUGUCAUGUCCAAUGAAGAGCUGUGCGACUUUGUGAAAUCCAGGCUCGAGGUAUCCGAUGACCUGGAAAGAGUCUGCAAUGAAGUGGUGGAUACCUGCCUGCACAAGGGGAGUCGGGAUAACAUGAGUGUUGUGAUAGUGUGUUUGCCCAACGCCCCCAAAGUGUCAGAGGAAGCUGUGAGGAAAGACGCUGAGCUCAACAAAUAUCUGGAGUCAAGAGUGGAAGAGAUGUUGUCUCGGCCGGGGGAGGAAGGGUUUCCAGACCUGGUCACAGUGAUGAGGAACUUGUCUACUGACAGUGGCAUGCCCCCUCUUCCACCAGGGGGAGGCCUUGCCAGCAAACGCAGUGUUAUUGAAGAAGUAUACAACCGUCUGAACCCAUACAGGGAGGAAGAUGGGAGCGGAGCUGACUUGGAGUGUCACUGGUAGCUGUCCAGCACAACUGCCUGAUCCAACAAAACAGGACCACUUUUCCACACGCGAUCACAUCCAUUGUCACCUUUUUAAUUUGCUCUGGGAUUUUUUAAUUUAUUGUUUUUUUUCCCCCUCCACACUGAGAGAUCAAGCGACGCUGAAAUCCUGGUUUUUAGAAACACACAGCACACCCGAUGUGGAGGACUGCAAAACAGAUUUGGUUCUUUUCAUAGAACAAAAUGUUGAAAAACGAGAACAACUGCAUCAAUCUCCUGAAAAGAGAACGGUGUAUACAGUAUAUACAUCAUAGGAGAGGCAAACAAGCACAGUUUCUCUUGCCCCUCGUCUGCUUGCUUUUUUUGUAGUGGUUGUUUUUGUUGUGGAUUGACAGAGAUACAGGAGCAGCCCUGCUCUGAACGCUUUGGGGCAACAUGGUGCCUUGCUCAGAACUGAGAGAGAGGGAGGACUUCAUAACAGCCAGCCAUGACCAAACCAGCCGCCCAUGAUCGUUUUCCACAUUCUGAUUGGCAGCAGAUUUUUUUUGGCAUUAUUUGUUUUGAAGUGUGAACUUUACUUGCGCCUGACUGGUAGCCAAUUGACCACACAAGCCUGUGAGUCCCACACACACAGUUCAGGCAAGUUUGGUUUCUGGACAUUUGCUGGUACUUGACCAGGGCCCAACACUUCACCUGCCCAGGCACACGACUUGCUGGAGAAUGCCUCACAGAGGUUUAAAACUCCCAAAGUCCUCACUAUCCAAAGACCUCUGGUUUAAAAACCUCAAAUUCAGCAGCCAAGAGCUCUUUCACCUAAGGCCGCACACCUGAACCUGACCACAAGGGAACUAAUUUCAGUUUUCUUUCUUCUAUGGUGUCCAAACUAAAACAGGAAACAGCUGUGAUGAUCAGCCUGGCUACACAUAGGAAUUACAUGGAGUACAGUAACUCAAAUUUGAUGAUUCUUCUUGCACGUCCCUGCUCACUCUCUCCCCUCUUCGUCACUUAAAGGAUGCUAUCAAACCCCCCGUUUUUCCCCCUCCGUCUCUCUUCUCACUUUUCUGUUUCUUCAUAUGACAGAAGAGUCACUUGCAUCGGCUGACAUGGUCGGAAUCAUAAGCUUUUGAACCUGCUGUUGU